GAUCGCGGGCAACGUGGCUUCGGAAAAGAACCUCAAGGAGGGGGUCUGUGCCCAGAUCGAGAAGAACUUUGCCAAAGCCAAAUGGCGGAAGGCCAUUCGAGUCACAACCUUCAUGCAGCGGCUCCGCGCCCUUGAGCCUGGCGUCCAGCCCCCCAUGUCGCUCCCCGAGGUGACGGUGGAGGAGCCCCGCCCCACAGAACCCCCCACCACGGAGCGACCGAGUGAGCCAGCGGGGCCCACGGAAGAAAAGACACAAUAACCCCUUUGUACAGCUCCGUGCACCCGGAUCGGACCCAGCGCCCCCUAGAGGGGAAAGGCCCCGGGGCCCAUUCCCAACCUGGCUCUGUCCCCACCCCUGCCCCCAGCUCAGGACCGGCCCAUGGGACUGGGCUGUGCAUGUCCAUCCAUCCAGGCCAGGUGCAUGUUUUCUGAAGAUGCUAUUUUAAUACAGAAAUCCCAGGCUGCCCCCUGCCCCCCUUGGACUUGAUCUUGUCCCCCCUGCACCUACAGGGAGCCUGGAAAUAACAAAAUAAACAGAGAUUCUGUCUCUGGCAGGUCA